UAAUUACGGACCAUGUGAAAUUCAUCUGAAGUCUUGGCGUCUCCGUUUUUCAUUUCUUUGUUAUAAUUUGCCUGCGGGUACAAAUUCUUUUGAUUUAUAUUAAUUGUUGUGUGCGAAAAACAAUAGAGCCGGGCUAAAUGGAGGAGAAUACAGAGAAUGCUGAUGGAAAACGCGUGACGCGGGCACGCGCUCGCCGAAUGUCCCUUCUGGAAACGGACAGUCGUCCGGGUACUCCCCAGCUGGAUACCGCGACAGAACGUGGAACCGCCUCACCACGUCCCACACGCCGUACUCGCCUGAACUCGUCCACUAUUGAGGUGAGGACUCCAACUAGAACUAGACGUGCCUCCCUAGCUCGCGGUGAGACGCCCGAGCCAACCACACCGUCUUCCAUAAAAAGAACAGCUCGUACGCCGGCCAAAAACACCAGGGCUGUGCGCCAACAGCUCACGCUCACAGAAGAGGCAGAGGAGAUUGAAGUCAAACCACCUAAACCUAGCCCCAAUCCAAGUCCCGUCCUCAAGGUCAGGCAGGAGCGGAAGGCAAGUGCCAGCCCUAGUCCCGGGCCCAAGGAGAGCAGUCGCACAGCGACUCCAACAAGGCUUACCGAUAGUCAGCGUGUUACCCGCUCCAUGUCCCAAACGCCUCCAACAGUCACUCGUUCCUCUAGCAAUACAUCGCGUGAUCUGAAUUCAUCCCUGGAAGAUGAACCAAAACCAGUAAACGAGGACACUGAUAUGCCAAAACCCAAUAAAAGCACACCUAAACUGACGGUUAAGCUGGAGAAACUGCCGGCAGACAAAUCAUCGACAGAGGCUGGCAAGCAAUUGCUUCUACAAGAAAAAAUCAAAGAUGCUGGUCUCUCUGAGGCAACUAAAAAAACAGAAAAUAGUCAAGAAACUGCCGAACCAGUCAAAGAUCAUGGUAAGCAAUCAUUCUUGAAGACAUAUAACACACUUGUACAGAAGGAGACUUCGAGUAAAGCUUCUAAAACUGAAAAAAGUGCAGACAUCACGGCAAAUAAGACCGAAACUUCCAAGAAAGUGGAAGAAAAGUUAGAGGUUCCGAUAAUAGAAAAGAAAAACGAAACUCCGCAUAAGGCUCUAUCUGUUGCUUCUCCUAAAAUUGAAAAGAAAAUGGAAACUCCGCAGAAAUCAAAACCAGUUGAGACACCUGAGAACAAAAAUAAACCCCAAACUGUUAACGUAGUCCCUGAUGUUGAAAAGAAAGCCGCAACUCCACAAAAGAUCCAAAAGGCAGACACCCCUAAAAGUGAAAAGAAAGCAGAAUCUACACAGAAGGUUCAGAAUGCGGAAACUCCUAAAGUUGAAAAGAAAAUCGAAACUUCACAGAAGACCCAAAAGCCGGAAACACCAAAAAUUGAAAAGGAAAUCGAAACCCCGCAAAGGGUUCAAAUUGACAAGAAAAAAGAUACUCCACAGAGAGUUUCUAUUGUUGAGUUGAUGGACACAAGCGCAGAGAUUGAUGAAUCCUUGGAGGAGCAAGAGUUUUUGGAUGCAGAAGAAUCGCAUAUCGAAGAAGUGCCACAGGUUGAUGAAAUACAAGACGGAGAAGCACAGAACGAAAAACUACGGAUCGAAGAGCCACAAAAUGAAGAUCCAUUGUUGGGAGAAGCACAACAAAAUGUUAAAUUAGAAAAUUAUCCGGAGGCUACAAAGGUUGAAGAAAACAAAAAUACCAGUGAAGAAACUCCGCAGGAUGAAGCCAUGGAGGUAGAUACGGAGAGCGAUGUCCACGUAACCGAUGUUGUUUGUCUACCAAACUUAACUCCCGGCAUUAAAUCUCGUGUUCUGGGGAGUUCCCCAGUGGAGAAAAAGAAAUCAGUAGGUUUCAACGACGAACCUGAUGACUUUGAGGCCGAAAAGACACGGUUCCCAAAGACACCUGGUCGUGAAAAGGCGCCAGUUUGCCGGCUUUCAACUCCCAAGCAGGAAACACCUUUAAAACUAGGUUUGCAAAAAGGGCGAAAUAGUUCCACACCCAUUAUAAAGGACCAAGAGCGUGGGUCUUCUAUCAGUAAGGCGGAAUUGCAGCCAGCUCCUCCUCAAAUUGAUGUUAUUAAGUCAUUCGAUGAGCUGGAAUCAAAGAAUGCUAAGGAUGACUCGGCGGAAAUGUCGCCCAAAAAGGCUGUGAACAAGAUCCUUGCUCGCCUUGCAAGCUCCGACGAAGAAGAAGAAGUUCAAGGAGACGAAGAGGAGGAGGAGGAGGAUGAACAACUUGAGUUUGUAAAUCUUGAAGCUAUGGAUGCUGGGGAGAAUUACCAAUCUGGAGACUCGAUGGACAGUUCGAUGCGACGAGAAAUUGAGGAGAACGAAAUUCCUGUCGAUGAAGAGUCUGUUGGAAGUAAAGAUACUGAGGAAUCAAUCCCAGAAGAAUCUGAAGGUGAUGAUUCCUUUAUUGUGUCGGACAACGAUGACGAGGAAGAUUUGUCUCAACUUCGCUACUCCUCCGACGAGGACGAGGAAGAAGAAGAUCUUCGUGUUAUUUCAGUAAAGACAGAGAAGAACAGCGCAAAGCGCCGCCGCAUUAUGGUAGCAAGUUCAAGCGAGGAAGAUGGUGGCAAGGAAUCGGAGGAUAUCAAAACGGAGAAGCCCAAAAACCAGAGCAACUGCUCUUCGGAUGCCAGCAAAUUAAGCGAGGCUGCCCAACUGAUGAAUGCCAGCGAGGAGAAGACACCAAUCUCAGAAUCCGAACUAGAAAGAUCCCGUCAAGUCGCUCUUAAUGAAUUGAAUAAGUCAGAGAGAUUCAACAAGACAGAAACGCGCCUUGAUUUCAGCGUCAUGGAAGUGGAGUCCUCGGAGCACGACGAUGAUGUGGAUUCGCCGAAGUCUGGACCGAAGGGCAAUAAAAGUGUAUACGAGGUCAUUGAUUCCGAUGAAGCAGGAGAACUUGAGGAAGCUGAAGAAAAAAAGGAAUCUGACGCAGAGGAAAAAGUUGAUAGCGAAGGUUCACCAGCUAUUGAAAAAUCUGCAUCUUCGCAGGCUCAAACGUCUUCAAAAUCGGCGGACGAAGAAGCCUUGCUUGCCGAAUUGGCCUCUAGUGAUCUUCGUCACUUGGAAACAAUGUUCAAUCCGCUUCAAAAAUCCCGUCGUCAAUCCUUAUAUGUAGCUAGUUCCGAGUUGGCGGUCAAGGAACCGAAAAUGAGACGCCGUAGUGAUCGUGCCAUUGUCGACGGUGACCUCUGCCCUUCGCAAUCUUUUGUUGAGAUAAUAGCCGAAAAGAAAAGAGAGAAGAACAAGCGCAAACGCCUGUCUAAGAGUUUAUCGGGUGCACCCGAGGAUCUUGAGGAAAUAGAGAUUCAACACGACCGUAAACGCCUCAAGGGCUCAUAUGAUGAUUCUACUGAGUCUUUGGAGGAGGACCAAGAGACAGCGGAUGCGCCUGAUGAAAAAGCAAGCGAGGAAGAAAUCUCUAAAGCGGAAGUCUCUGAUAAAGUUGAUGAGAAUUCCUUGCAUUCGAAAACAGCUGUGGAGGAGUAUCCCGAAAAUGAUGUUCCCAUGGAGGAAUUACCUUCUGAGGAGUUCAAUACUGCUCAGGAACCGCUACCAUCCGGGGAAAGUCCAAAAACCUUGGAAACUAUUAAGCCCACAGAACAGGCACCGGCUAAAGAAGAAAAGUCUGCCGAGUACUACUUGGCUUACUGUUCCAACCUUUUAGAGGCAGCCAAUGAGGCCAAGUUGAAAGAAAAGAAAGAGCAUCUUGCCACGGUAACAAAGCAGAAGAAACCAAAGCGUCUUGCUGCGCAAGCUGCUGCCAAACAAAUGGUCACCACCAGCUCCGACGUAGAUACAGCGGCUGCCAAUCCUGUAAAGCAGCAACCUGCUCUCAAGAAGGAUGUAAAGCGCUUACAGGCAGCUCGCCAAGCCGUGAGUCAUGCUGUUAAUUUGCUUGCUGCGCCAAAAGCUAGCGAUGGAGAGCCACGCACGCUCUCGCGUAAGCUGUCGCCUCAGCCUCCAGUGGCAAUGGCCAGUGAGAAGAAAUCGGCCAAAUCCAAGAAACAGGCAAAGAAACAAAAGCCACAGGAGACGUCACCACCAAAAAGUUCCGAUGAGGAAAACCAUGGCCAUCGUGUGAACCGUAUUCGCACGAAUGCUGGCUACGUGACGGUAGUCGAUAAUUCUGCUCCAAAAGUACCUAAAAUCGAGCUGAUUAAGACCAGUUCGGGUCUGGUGCGCGUUGAGCCGCGUACUCCUAAGCAGAAAUACUUCCGGGAACUGCCGAGCACACCGAAAUUACAUGGGUUCCGUGAAGAACAAGAUUCAAUUGGAAUAUCAAAGAAGCGAUUGAAGCAGCAGCCAGUGAAGGUCGAACCCAAUCAUGCCAAACAGUCGGCGCUGCGCUUCAAGGAGCAGAUCUUUGCUCGGAAAUCUUAGGAUUAUAUAUAUAUAUAUAUAGAGAUAUAAGUAUUAACUGUUGGAAAUGUCACGUGUACACAAUGCAUGCUUUAGUUUUUGUUUCUCUUUUUGAUUGAUUUUCCAAAUUGAAUUUAAUUUUGAUAUUAUUUGUUCUUUUAGUAAUUGUUAUGAAAUUUAAAACAUUGCCAUUAUUCAAGUUUCCAUCACAAAUUCCAAUUGCCACAUUCAUAUACCUAAGAAUAAAAUUUAUGUUAUCACAAGCUUAAAAAAUAAAAAUUAAUAAAAAAAAAAAAAUAACGAAGAUGGAGCAGCUGUUUGCCACUUCCAGUAAGAUUUUAAAAAGAUGUUUUUAGCAACAAGAUGGAUUGAUACUUUCAAUUCUUUAAAAGAAACUUUUUAGGUUUUCCAUUUUAAUACAUUUUUUUUAAAGCAUGUAAGAGUUGAAUAAAUUAAACUGAUGCGAUACAAAUGAAAAUAUGAGU